AUGAACUUAGAAAGGUUUAACUCAGUAGUGUCAAGAGUACCUAAUAAAUCUAUUGUUAAAAUUUGUGGAAUUCAAUCAGUUGAUGCUGCUAAAUGUGCUUUAGAUUCAGGUGCGAAUUUAAUUGGUGUAAUAUGUGUUCCUAACAGAAAGAGAACUAUUCAAUCUAAUAUAGCGAAAGAUAUCUCUAAUUUAGUUCAUUCAACUCCUCAAUAUAAUGAUCGUUGUCUUGUUGGUGUAUUUAGAAAUCAAUCAAAGGAAGAUGUCCUUAAAUUAGCUACAGAUUACAAUAUCGAUAUUGUACAAUUACAUGGAGAUGAAGACUGGGAAGAAUAUCAAAAUUUCAUUAAUAAACCAGUAAUAAAAAGAGUCAUAUUUCCAAGAGAUUGUGAUGAAGUUAUUAAAAUUUGUCAAAGAAAUGAUAAAAAUUUAAAAAAAACUUGUUUACCUUUAUUUGAUUCAGAAGCUGGUGGUACAGGAGAAAUUCUUGAUUGGAAAUCAAUAUCAAAUUGGUCCAAGGAGAUUCCAAUAAAAGAUGGAGAAAGUGUUCAAUAUAUAUUGGCUGGUGGAUUAACACCCGAUAAUGUUCAUGAUGCAAUCACGUUACAUGGUGUCAUUGGUGUUGAUGUCAGUGGUGGUGUAGAGACCGAUGGCGUUAAAGAUUUUACGAAAAUAACAAAUUUUGUUAAAAACGGUCAACUUUGA